ACUUAGCUCAGCCGGGUAAGCAAAACAGAAAAAGAUCCCCGGGUAGAGUGGCCACCAUGCCGAAGACUGCGAUAUCCAAGGCCAUCGGCGCCGCUUUUGGCAUCCUGACUGUGUCUGUACUUGGCAGCAUUGUCACGAUGGUCAUUUUUUACAAGAUUGAGAUUUCGCAAGUGAACGUGACAUAUCCUCCUACUGAUCCGUCCACCACUGUGGGACCACCACCUGUCAUGCGGUUGCCGACAAAUCUUAUGCCAUGGAAGUACAAAAUCUUCCUUCAGCCUUACCUCUACUCAAAAAUCAUCGAGGAAGUCAAUGUUACAUCUCCCAACCAGACUAUGCUUUUUACUGGUAACUCAACAGUAUAUUUUCAUUGCGUUGAGCCGACAAAGAGCAUCUACCUCCAUAGCCAAGAGCUGAGGGUUUUUGACCCAUUGGUGAAGAAUGAAACCAUAAAAAAGGACAUCAGGAUUAUUCAUAUGGAGUAUCAUGGAGAUGAAAGUGAUUUCCUGGAGAUCCAGUUGAAGGAUACACUGAAGAAAGGAAUGAACUACAGCUUAUUUCUGGCAUUUGAGGGAGAGAUAUCACAAAAUCUACAAGCCUUGUAUGUAAGCACGUAUCAUGAAGGUAUUCCACAUUCUGAAAAUACCAAGAGAUUUAUUGCCAGUACACAUCUGGAACCAACAGACGCCAGAAGAGUGUUUCCUUGUUUCGAUGAGCCGGAAAUGAAAGCAGUGUUUGAUGUGACUAUCAUUCAUAGAAAAGAAACGAGGGUACUUGCAAAUGAAUAUCAGGCAGAGAAUUAUAGAUUAGAUCCUGACUGGCAAGUCACUCGCUUUUACCAGACACGACGAAUGUCCACAUACUUGUUUGCAUUCACAGUUUCAGAGCUGGAAUACUUGGAGUUGAACUAUGACCACCGUGUAGAAAUUAAAAUAUUUGCUCGGCCAGACGCUACUGAUGCUGGACACACGCAGUAUGCAUUAGAUGUUACUGUAAAGAUUCUCAAAUUCUACGAGGACUACCUUGGAAUCGAGUACCCUCUGAGGAAGCUUGAUGAAAUUGCACUGCCAGAUUUACCUUCGAGAGCAAUGGAAAACUGGGGACUGAUCACAUAUAAGGAGGGAGGAUUACUGUACGAAGAGGGAGUGUCAUCCCUCUUGCACAAGGAAACAAUCUCUCUUCUCAUUGCACAUGAACUGGCACACCAGUGGUUUGGAAAUCUAGUUACAAUGAAAUGGUGGAGUGAAAUCUGGCUAAAUGAAGGCUUUGCUACAUACAUGUCAACCGUGGCACUGGAUAAAGUUGAACCUGCGUUUCAAGUUAAAGAAAUACACAUUACGAAUCAACUCCAUACAGCACUUGAGCAGGAUGCAUUGGCCUCUUCACAUCCUCUUAGUGUCCCAGAAAAUGAUGUCCAGUCUACUUCAGAGAUUGUUGGGAUGUUUGAUGCUAUAUCCUAUUUCAAGGGGGCAAUUGUGCUGAGAAUGCUGGCAGACGUUGUGGGGCAAAGUGAUUUCGACAAAGGGAUUAAAGACUACCUCAAAGUUUUUAGUUAUGGAAACACUAACCAAUAUGACCUUUGGCAUUACAUACAAAAGGCUCAUAGGCCUGACUUUGAUGUUGCUAAGAUGAUGGAAACAUGGACCAAUCAAAGGGGCUAUCCUGUCAUUACCGUCAACACUACAAAUGGCCAGGUCACUCAAAGCCACUUUCUGUUCAACAGUUCUUUGGAAUCGAAUCUCACGUGGUAUAUCCCAAUUCAAGUGAUGUCAAAUACAACAGCAAGUUCACUCAGUUGGUUAAGGAGCAAAACUUCAAUAAUGACGCCAUUCAUUUCUAAGCAUGGAGAGUGGAUCCUUGCAAAUGUCAAUUGUAAUGGAUAUUACAGAGUCAAUUACAACCCGGAGAACUGGGAACGACUUCUCAUACAGUUGGACUCUAACCCAGAUCGCAUUCCAGUGAUGAACAGAGGACAGCUGAUUGAUGAUGCAUUUAAUUUGGCAAGGGCCAAAAUGAUUGAUGUGACUCUGGCUCUAAAUACAACGGUGUUCCUUCAUAAGGAGACUGCUUACAUACCCUGGGAGUCCGCAGUUCGGAAUCUUGACUACUUUAUCCAAAUGUUUGACCGUUCUGACGUGUAUGGAUCGAUGCAGACCUAUCUUCGGAAUCAAGUUGAAAACUUGUUUAUGUCCUUCAAAAACUUUACGGACAACCCUGAAGUUCUAGACCAUUCGUCACAGCAAAAUCAGAUUAUAGCCAUCGACGUGGCUUGUUCCAAUGGACUCCCAGAAUGCACAGAAAUGGCGACAAGGAUGUUUGACAACUGGAUGAAUAGCGACGAAAACAACACAAAGAGUAUUCACCAAAACUUGCGGUCAGUCAUCUACUGCCAAGGUGUGGCUGCUGGGGGGAAAGACGAAUGGGAGUUUGCUUGGAAGACGUUCCAGGAGACCACUGAAACCUCUGAGAAAGAUCAGCUUCGUAAAGCGCUAGCAUGCACCAAACAGAUCUGGCUUCUUAGCAGAUACCUGGAUUACACUUUGGACCCUAAGAAGAUACGUCUGAUGGAUGUUACUUCUACAAUCAACUACAUUGCCACAAAUGUGGUGGGACAUGGAAUGGCCUGGGAUUUUAUGAGAGCAAACUGGGACUACGUCAGUCAGGGGGAUGCAGUCCAGCUGAUAGAGACGGUGACCAAGAGGUUUUCGACGCCGUUUGAAUUGGAGGAGUUGGAGAUAUUUGCUGUAAACUAUGAUCUUGGUACUGCUUAUUGGGCUGUGGAACAGGCCAUUGAGCAAGUCAAAGUCAACAUCCAGUGGGUCAGCGAGAACAAGGAUGCCGUAUCAGAGUGGUUUGCAACAGAAGAAGACGAUUUCUAGUGGUUUUUUUUUGUUUUGUUUUGUAUAAUAAAAGGUUUUAAAGCCUUUUCUCUGCUACAAAAUGCAAAAUCGGAAGAUAAUUCCAACAAUAUGGACAAAAAAUGGACUGGUGCAUUUAUGUGAAACUAAAUCUCUGAGAUGACAACACAAUGUGAAUAAAUGGAACAAGAUCAUAGUACCAUAUUAAAUGUGCUCUAUUUUGUGGAUAUUAAUUUAUUUAUUAUGUUUUUUUUUUUCUAAUGCAAGUAGACAAGAUGAAUGCUGUCAAUAUCCAAGUCCAGUUUCAAGACAUAGAGCCAAAGAACAGAACAGAAGUAAUGAAAUCCAGGUUUAAUGUAUAGAUAUAUAUUUUUUUUAACAGUGCACUUAUACAUUCAACUCAUUUUGCACUCAUUUAAGUUGCACUACAUUUUAAAAGAUUUCAGAUUAAUUUGAACAAGUUUUCUUCAACAUAAUAAAAGUGUUUUUGAAAAGAAAUUUUGCUGCACAUGAACCCUGAUCAAAACAGAGUUCAAGAUGCCUUUAUUAGAAAACAAAGGUGUUUAUUUUAAUUAAAGAUUGUGUAAUUUGUGUGUGAGCUUUUUUGUUGUUUAAGUUCAGUCUACAUACUGUAUGUAUCCAUUCUCUACUACUGUUAAAAAUAUAAAUAAAUACUUA